CUUAAGAUCACGACCAGCUUCGACUCCAUCAAUUGACCACCCGCAGCCGGUCUUUCCACCCUGAGGAGCUCCGAAUCCGAAUCUACGAGGCAUCUCGUACUCUCUUCACAGUCUUAACCGCCGCAAUGUCUUCCCUCGCUCGUCCCAUGCUCCGCUCGCCGGCUCUACGUGUCGCCGCCCGACGCUUCGAGAGCACCACUGCUCAGAAGGCUGCCGAGAACGCUAAGCAGGCUGCCACCAGAGCCCAAGAAGGUCUAUCGCGUGUCACAUCUACUGCUGGUCCUGCCAUUGCUGGUUACGCAAAGGGUGUUGCUAGCACUUUGGGCAAGGUUGGCGGACGAACGGGCAAGAUCAUCGGCUUUGUUGAGCGACAAGUCCCCUUCGUCGUCUACUACUCCAAGGUCGGCCUCGAGCUCGGCAAGUUUGUUUUCCACAACCAGAAGAUGAGCCCUCCUAACAUGGCCACUUUCCAAACUACCUACCAAAACCUCAUCAAGUCCAUCCAGAACCGUACCAUCAUCCAGUCUUCCCAGAACCUUGUCCAGCAGGUGCGGAAUAUCGGCCCUGCCCAGCUUGCUGCUGGCGGCGUCGUUGCGGCUGAGGUCCUCGGAUUCUUCACCGUUGGUGAGAUGAUUGGCCGUUUCAAGCUUGUCGGCUACCGCGGCGAGGUCUCUUCUCACCACUAAACGGGUCUCUUGUAUUGGAGCAGGAGUUGUAAGGAUCAAUCCGUGCUGGACCGUGAUGAGCAAAUAAGGACGAAUGGACUAUAGACAUGGACCUUCCUGGCUGAGGACGUCUGGGAGGGUCUGGUUGGAGACUGAUUGUUUCGGGGGGAGUUGAAAACUGGGAGAUUUGGGAAUACCGGUCUCACCGGACCUCGAUGUUUGUCCUGAGCAUCUUUCUUUUGUAGAACUGUACAUCAAUCAAGCUGCGGCGGGUGAUCCCCGCCGUGGAGGGCUUUCGACAAUGAUAUCUAAUAACGAAACGACCCUUAUUGAUGAAAGAAACCUUGUAAAGUAUUGUAUUAUU